AUGUCAAAUUGCCCGUUAUGGGCUCAUGUCAUUGUCGUUACUCUUCAAUAUACAUUACUUGUGGUUUCUGAUGGCUUAUUGAUUUGGAGAUGCUUCCACGUUUGGGGUUGUUCAUUGCGCUCAGUCGCAGUACCAAUAGCAUUCCUUCUUGUGGAGACAGGAAUUUCUCUUGCUAUUAUUGGAAAUGUCCCAGCCGCAUUGUUGGGAGGCCCGAUUGCACUUCUUAUGGACAGAGUUCAAAGUGCUGCCCUCUUUGUGUCAUUUUUAACAACGACGUUAACCACGGCCCUGAUUGGAUAUCGAAUCUAUACCCUAUCUCAACAGGGCAAUAACUUAUCCACUGCGAAAAGAGUAAAGCAUGUCACAAAGAUUCUUGUUGAAUCAUCAACAAUCUAUUGCAUUGUUCUGCUCGUUAAUGCAGUUGUUGCUGUGAUUCCAAGUGCCUCUUACCUCGCCGAGUCUCCUGUAAACAUUUCAUCGUUCUAUGUGCAGAUAGUGCUGUAUGUCGUGUCGGGUAUGGCACCCACCAUAGUGGUUGCCCGAAUUGCACUGGCGAAUCCCGUAAAUGGAAGAAAGGAGACUCUAACAACCGAUUUAUCAGGCAUAUCCUUUGAGGAACGUUAUAUAAGUUCACAGCUCGAGCCAAAGACUAAUGGGGAAGGCACCCGUGCGGAUACUAGCUCUGUAUCGGAGUAG